AUGCUAACUUGGGAGCACCCAGUUAGGCUUGCAAGCAACACCGCCUUGACGAAAAAGCUAGCCUUGAUUACACUACUCACCAUUGUGUUAUGUCCGGUCACAACCGUCUUGUCUCAGCAGCAGCAGGAGGAGGUUGUGCCAGGUUCAGACGCAGAUUGUCUCUUGAGAUUCAAAGACACUUUAGCAAAUGCUUCUGUCAUCAGCAGUUGGGAUCCAUCAACCGCACCUUGUAAGCGAAACGUCGCGGAUUGGUUCGGUAUUCUCUGCAUUACCGGCAAUGUUUGGGGUUUACAACUCGAAGGAAUGGGGUUAACCGGGAAGCUAGACCUUGAACCGUUGGCUCCAAUCAAGAAUCUACGAACCCUAAGCUUCAUGAACAACCAUUUCAACGGUCCAAUGCCAUCUGUCAAGAACCUCGGUUCGUUGAAGUCAUUGUACUUGUCUAACAACCGGUUUACAGGGGAGAUACCCGCCGAUGCGUUCGAUGGCAUGCAUCAUCUGAAGAAGCUUAUACUGGCGAACAACGCGUUUCGUGGCAAGAUUCCUUCUUCUUUAGCUUCUUUGCCAAUGCUUAUAGAGGUGAGGCUAAAUGGGAAUCAGUUUCAAGGAGAAAUACCAGAUUUUAAGCAGAAAGAUCUUAAGUUAGCUAGCUUCGAAAACAAUGACCUCGAGGGACCAAUACCCGAAAGCCUACGAAAUAUGGAUCCUGGCUCCUUUGCUGGAAACAAGAACUUGUGUGGUCCUCCAUUAAGGUCAUGCUCGGCUAUUUCACUGUCUUCUCCGGAUCCACCUCCUAGUCCAACGGAGAAGAACAAGAAAGAACCUUUCUUCACGAUUGCAAUUGUUCUGAUUGUCAUUGGAAUAACACUAAUGAUCAUUUCCCUUGUGGUUUGUAUCCUUCACACCAGAAGAGGGAAGCGCUUGUCGGCUUAUCCAUCCGCGGGACAAGACAGGACAGAGAAAUACAGUUACGAUCAAUCCGAAGAGAUGGAGAAAACUUCGGAGACUGUUACGAGUUACACUAGUAAGAGAGAUGCAGUACCGGAACAGGGCAAACUCUUGUUUCUCCGAGAUGACAUUGAAAGAUUCGACCUUCAAGAUCUUCUUAGAGCUUCUGCUGAAGUUCUUGGGAGUGGAAGCUUUGGUGCUUCUUACAAAGCCGGGAUCAAUAGCGAACAGACUAUGGUCGUGAAGAGGUAUAAACACAUGAACAACGUCGGAAGAGACGAGUUUCAUGAGCACAUGAGUCGGUUAGGGAGAUUGAACCAUCCGAAUCUGUUGCCUAUUGUGGCUUACUAUUACCGUAAAGAAGAGAAGCUCUUGGUCGCUGAGUUCAUGCCAAAUCGUAGCUUGGCAAGCCAUCUUCACGCGAAUCGUUCCGUGGAUCAACCUGGAUUGGAUUGGCCAACAAGAGUGAAGAUUAUACAAGGAGUGGCUAAGGGUUUAGGUUACUUGUUCAAGGAGCUACCGACACUGACGAUCCCUCACGGUCAUCUAAAGUCAUCGAACGUCGUACUUGACGAAUCAUUCGAGCCUUUCUUAACUGACUACGCGCUAAGACCGGUGAUGAACUCAGAGCAAUCUCACAACCUAAUGAUAUCUUAUAAAUCGCCAGAGUAUAGCAUAAAGGGACAUAUAACGAAGAAGACUGAUGUUUGGUGCCUCGGGGUUUUGAUCUUGGAGCUUUUGACGGGAAGGUUCCCGGAGAAUUAUCUGAGACAAGGGUACGAUGCUAACAUGAGCCUAGUGACUUGGGUGAGCGACAUGGUGAAGGAGAAGAAAACGGGUGACGUGUUUGACAAGGAAAUGACGGAGAAGAAGAAGUGUAAAGCAGAGAUGCUAGGGCUUUUGAAGAUCGGAUUGAGUUGUUGUGAAGAAGAUGAAGAAAGGAGGAUGGAGAUGAGAGAUGCUGUUGAGAAGAUAGAGAGCUUAAGAGAAGGACAAAAGCUGGAUAAAGAUGCAUCAGCUUCCACGGACAAUGUCUUUGCUUCUCGGUUAACAGACGACGAUGACUUUGGUUUUGCUAUGAAUCGUUGA